AGGUUGUUCAGUAUUAUCAUUUACUAAUGAAUUCAGUUAAAUAAAUGUAGACUAAUUCAAUUUUUAUAUUGACUUACUAGUUUAUAACUUUUAAAACGAACAUUCAUUUAGCAUGAAUACGAAUACAAUCAAAGAACAAGUUCAUUGUUCAUUUAUUCUUUAUGAAUAUGAUAAAACAAACUGUACUGAUCUGUUUUAAAGUUCACUGAUUACAAUCAGAUGAUCAUACAUAAUAAUAAUAAUAAUAAUAAUAAUAAUGAACAUUGAGAUUAUUCCAUUCAUCAUUGGUAUUUUAAUUCUUACAUUAUUCAAUGAAUUAUAUUUGUGUAAUGAAUGGAAACAUGUAAAUAAUCAAUUAUCUAUGCCGUAUAACCCUUGUCAACCGAAUCCAUGCCAAAACAGUGCUAAAUGUGUAAAUAUUCAAGAUUGGAGUAGAACAACAUCAUUAAAGAAAUUCAACACUUUGUCAGACUAUUACUGUGUAUGUCUCAAAGGAUGGACUGGACAAAAUUGUACGGAAGAUAUUGAUGACUGUGUUAUUCAUCCUUGUUUAAAUGGUGGUAUUUGUGAAAAUAAACCAAAUAUGAGAUUUUAUUGCCAUUGUCCAACAGGAUAUGUUGGUCAGACUUGUGAAUAUAGAGAUCCAUGUCAACUUAACCCUUGUUUAAAUGGUGGAACUUGUCAGUCUGAUCCAUUUGGUCAGUUUACUUGCAUUUGUCCUCAUUGGUACAAUGGAAUACGCUGUGAACAAGAAAUUAACCCAUGCUAUCCUACAUCUCCGUGUUUGGGGGAGAAGUCAGUUUGUCAUUUAUUGACUUCAAAGAAUAGAACAGUUUCAGGACCGUCGUUUUCUAUUCACAAGUCAGAGUAUAUUGUAGAUUUUCUAUGCGAAUGUGACCUUAAUUAUUUUGGUCGUUAUUGUGAUAAGAAGCGAAAUUCAUGCAAGUUUCAUAAUUGUAAAAAUGGUGCAACUUGUUUACAAAAUAACGAUCAUUUUGUUUGUCUGUGUCCUUUGGAAUCUAACAAAUAAUCUAGAAUUAUUCAAUGAUUAUUGUUAUCAAAUUGGAUGUAAUAAAGCAAAAAUUGGUGAUAAUAUAUGUCAAGCAAAUUGUAUCUAUGCAAAUUGUAUAAAUAUAGAAGAUGAAUUAGAAAAUGAUUGUCAAUAUUGGAUUAAUUGUUUACAAACAACUCAAUAUAUUCUAAAUGAUAAUAAUAAUAAUGAUGAUUAUAUACAAACAACAUGCGUUGAACAAUUUAAAAAUGGUAAAUGUCAAUCUGAAUGUAAUAGAAAUGAAUGUUAUUUAGAUGGUUUUGAUUGUUAUGAAAAUAUAUCGCAGUGUAUGCCAUUUGAAUUCUGUUUACAGUCAUAUGGAGAUGGUGUUUGUCAAUCCCAAUGUAAUACCAUUCAAUGUGGUUAUGAUGGAGGAGAUUGUGAAAAUGAACAAAGAAACUAUUAUUUAUCAGUCAAGUAUAUUUUACUUCAUCUGAAAACAAAUCAAUCAGAAUUUAAGUUGAAUCGUAAUCAGUAUCUGGGAAAUCUAGGUAUAAUUCUUCGGUCUAUUGUUAGGAUUGCAAAGGAUAACACUACUAAAGAACUUUUAUUAGAAGAUAUUCCUAGUAAAAAUCAAAUUAAAGUGCUACUUGAAGUCAUCAGUCAAUCAAAUAUUAACUGCAAAACAACUGAGGGAAAUAUGUGUACCAACGAUAGUGUUCGAUUACUUCAACCAAACGAACUUAAAACUUAUAUUCUUGCCGCAUUAAGUACAAAUCAGUACAAAUCACUUUUUAGUAUAAUCAACUUAAAUUUUGUUGAUUCAUCAAGUCACUCACAUUUUAAAGCACCAUGGGAAUUAGAAUCUUCAACUGAUACAGGAAUAUCAAAAGAAGCUAUUGGAUUAUACGUUUGUAUAUGUAUUUUAGCUGGAAUAAUUAUUGUAUUAAUUUUAUUCUUGGUAUUUCAACAUGACAAUAACUGGCGAAAACCAUUGAAACGUGUAAAAACGAAAGGUAUCUGGUGUCCACCUGUAUCAUCGAUUUAUUCUAAACCUAAUCAAAUGGAUUUAUUAGGACAACAAUCUUCAGUUUAUUUCACAGGACUUAAAUCAGUUGUAGGAGUUACAGAACCACCUUUAACAACAAUGACAAUAAAUGAAUCAAAAUAUUUUGACAAUAAAUUUAAACAAACUCCAUCAGCUUCAUCAUUUUUUCAAGAUUACUUGAAUUCUUCAACUGCUAAUGAGAAGGAUACAUUCCAUUUGUCAAAUGUCCCAAAGUACAAUCAUGAACAAAUGAUUACUGGAUUCCUCUCAGAUAAAGUUCCUGGAACAGAUGACUAUUCGCCAAAUUGCAAAAAGAAACGUUUUACUCAGAAUGAAAUGAUAUCAGAUAUGUUACCUAAUAGUUCAAAUUUGUUUACUGCUCCCAAGUAUUUGGGAAAUUUAUUCAAUGAAGAUACAGGGAACUUUCAGCCUUUCGGAGUAGAGGAAAAGCACAAACAAGGCAAGCGUAAAUUUGAUUUGGAAGACAAAUAUGAUUCACUUUUGCCUCAGGAAAAUUUAAAAAUCACUAUUAAUGAAAGUUUAAAUUUAGAUAGUAGUUAUAGCAAGAAAGAGAAGAUAAAGGUCAUGGGAUCUGAUAACAAAGAAGUUUUUAAAAUAAUUUCAUCAUUGGAUGGUCUACACCCAUGUAAUGUCACUCAGAGAAGUCAAAUUGAACAAGUUUUAGAUGAUAAUAUUGAUCAAAAUAAAAGUGUAGAAAUGUCGUCAAAAAAUCAUGGUACUGAAAAUUAUUUGGAUGAUGAUCCAUCAAAGAACGUUGUUGGUGAUCAAAGUCUCCUACAUUUAGCAGCUCAUAUGAAUGUAGGACAUGACAUAAUUAAUAAAAUCUAUCAUAAUGAACAUAAUCAAAGACCUCUUGGUACUUUAUAUGUUGAUUCAUUUGGUAGAACAGCUUUGACUGGAGCGGCUGCUGCUAAUUCUUUAGAAUCAGUCAAGUCGUUAUACCAGCUUGAAAAAGAGGCUCUACUAAAUAAAAAAUCAGUAAAAUCUGUCAAAUCACAUCAAAUUACUGCACCAAAACCAACAUGUCGUUCAAGAAGACGUUAUCAAGUUUAUGAAUCUCGACAGUGUUCACCUAUAAUUGUUGCUAUUCAAGCAGGGAAUGAUGAGGUAGUAAAGUGUUUAUUAGACGAAGGUUGUCCUUACAGCACUGUUGACCAGUAUGGUCGUAACGUUGUACAUUGGGCGGCAGUAACUAAUUCUGUUAAAAUAUUAGCUCAUUUAGCACAGUGUAAAGGUUUUGCUAGAUUAAUGAAUAUGAAGGACGACUGGGAUAGAACACCUAUCAUGUUAGCUAUACGUGAAGGUUGUCAGGAAGCUGUUGAGUUCCUACUAGACAAACAAGCCAAAGUUGAAAUCAUUGACUGUAUGGAAAAUGAUUGUUUAUCAUUAUGUAUAGAGAAAGGUUAUAAAAGAAUACAUGAAAUACUUGUAAAUUACAUCAGAUCAAGAAACUCAGACACAAAGUCGCUAACACGUGAUAAGACAGUGAAUGUUUUUAAAGAGAAUCCAGACGUAAGUAAACAAGAACUGUCACCGAUGUUACAAUCUACACCAUCUAUGGUACCGGUUACGACAGUGAUGACAACUACGCCAGUACGACAUUCAGCAGAGAACAUUUGUCGUAUGAAUGAAUUUGACUGGGUAAGUUUAAGUGAUGACCAAGUUUCAGAAGACUAUAGUGAUUGUGAUCAAUUCACAGAAGAUAUGACUAAAGAUUUUAAUUGAUGUGAAAGUGGUCACUACUGACGUACAAUAUUUACCCUAAUUCACACAUUUCUAAUCAUAUGUUACAUACAUCAUACGUAUAUUGUAAAUUUAUUAUAUUUGUUCAGCUAUGUAUGUAUAAAACUGUAUAUAGGGGUUAAUGUAUUGAAUGACGUGAAAGUAUUAUAUUAUUAUGAAUUACUUAUGUACUUGUUUCUUACCAACCAACUAUCUAAGUUAAAAUAACUUUCCUUGUACAAUACAUUUAUUUUUUAUGAAUAAAUCACAUUCAAUAUCUUCUAUUACUCCUGCCACAGUGAAUUCUUAUGAUUAUCAGAUAUACAAGGAUCAUAACGAAAGCUUCAAAAAGGAUACAGUAAAGCUUGGAAAUAUACAAUAUAAACUAGACAUUAGAUAUCAAUAGGCUUAUACUUGGAAGUAGGAUGUCUGUAACCUUGUAAAAUUAGAUCGAAAUGUUCAUCGUAUUCGGUGGAAUAGGUCGCUUCGCUGUCCAAACUCAAAAUGAUGAAAAUACUUUUCAUCCACAAUAACGUAAUUUUUUACAGCUCAGCAAGAAUAAAAACACGUUCAACUUUCCUAUGGGUACAGCUAAGGAUGUCGGUUUAAUUUGUUGGAAAUGAUCAAUGAAGUAGAGGUUCAUUGCUAAAUGAUUCCGUCGAUAGACUAGUAUUACAGAAAGUAGAUAGUAAAACACUUUUUAUACAUUUUGUAAUGAGCAUAAUCCUAAACAUUCUUAUCAUACAUAAUUGACCUAAUGUUACGAUUACUGUAUUGAGUGAAUUUUUUAGUAUAGAACGCAAUAUGCAAUAUAUUAAAUUGAAACUAUGAAACUUGCGUCUGAAAUUUAAAAUAAACCUACCUCAUACAUAAAAAUUAUAUGGCACAUGUAAAUUUUAAGUGAAUACCUUGUAAACAAUUAUUUAUCCAAUUUAUUCCGUGUUCAUUUGGCAACAUGGUCAACAGAGUUCCGUCAACACUAAACAUUAAAAAUAUAGGGGAUUUGUUACUACCCAGUGCCCAAACGAUGUUAUUUUAACUCUUCAACUUCCCCGCUUUCUGAUCAGUUUACUUACAAUGAUCGAAUAUUUGAUGUUACAUGUUAGGAUCUGUUUUGUAACCUCUAACUCUUCUCGCUCUUUAUGGGUAUUAUACUAUGCUACUUACUAAAAUUUAGUAGCUUAUGUAUUGUCAAUCAUUUUGCAAUGAACAGCUUAAAACAUUUAAAUUACAAUACACUGAUAUUCCCAAAUGUUUUUAUGUUACUUUGUCAUUGAUUCCGUUAUAUUAUCGUAAUUUUUCUUCCGCAUUUAUCUUCGCAGUUCGUCUU